GUAACAUUUUUGAAGUUAGACUUUUUAGGUUAUGUUCGGUUCGAAUACUUAGAUAUUUAUUUGAUUUUGUAUAAUAAAAAAUUGAGUUUAUUAUUUAUAUUUAAAUAACAGUGAUAUAUAGUGGUAACAGUAUUUAAAUAAGUAUUUUUAAGCAAUAUGAUAUCACGCAGCUGGAGAAACCUAUGUCGACGAUAUUCACAGACAGUUACAUUCAGAACUACAGAAUCUUCACCUUCACAACACAAUGAGAAACAGAUUGGUUUAUUCUACUCUGUCAAUCAUGAUCUAUGCAAACAAUUAUUUGCAUAUGGUGGUUUGCCCAAAAGUUUUGCAAAACAAACUAAGACAUUCACAGAAACAGCUAUAAUGGUGCGUCAGCCUGCACUUGAUUUAAUUGAUUGUAUUAAAGCUUCAGAUUUCAACAAGCCAGUAAUCAGAUAUGUAAUGUAUGGUGAAAAAGGUUCAGGUAAAUCAUUGACUUUGGCACACCUACUACAUUAUGCUUAUGAAGAGGGCUAUCUGAUUGUGCAUGUGCCAUGGGUGUCAGAAUUCCUGCGACGUGUGCCUCGACAUAAGGAGAUGUCCAACUCACAAACUCGUGAAGGUUUUGUAGACCUGCCUCUGGAUGUUGCCGCUUGGCUCUUGCACUUUAAGACUCAGAAUCAAGUUUUACUUAAAAAUACAGAGUUGAAAAUAUCUAGGGAUUAUGUAUGGAGUAAACGUGAAAGCACAGUGGCAGGUUCUCCACUGUCGCAACUUGUGGAACAUGGCAUCAACCGCGUGAAAUAUGCCUGUGAUGUGCUUGAUGCACUAGUAUACGAAAUUAAACAACUCUCCAAUAGCAAACAAUGCAAGACAUUUGUUGCAAUAGAUGGUUUCAAUGGCUUCUUCUGCCCUCUAACGCGACUUCACACUCCAACUAAAAAGAAAGUGAAGCCAGAAGAAGUAACACUUACUGGAUCAUUUUUAGAACUAGCAAAAAAUGAUUGGUCUAAUGGAGUUGUCGUCGUGACAGCAGAUCAACUGGCGCUACCUGAUGAUCAUCAAGAUAGUUAUCUUCCAAGAUACUUAUUAUAUAAAAAGGGAUUUGAGUUAUUGGAUCCCUUUGUCCCUAUUGAGGUUGGACGAUAUACUGAUAAAGAAUUCUUAUCCUGCGCCAGUUACUACAGAGACAGGUUAUGGCUCCGGGGACCUCCAGAAAUUGAAACAGAACUGAAGUUCACAAGUGCUUGCAAUCCUUAUAAGUUUAUGGAACAGUGUGCUCCAUUGUAAAUAAUUUUGUAUUUAGUUUUGUGAAAUGUGCUUUAAAUAAAAAUAUUAGUUAAUGUU